AUGGCCAAUUCACCUUCGCACUCGUCGACUCAUUCGAUGUCCUCGAGUAACCUUCAGCCUCCGAGUAUAACCGACCAGAAGCGGCAGAGAAGAAUGACCAGUCCGUCUUCGAUGUCCUUGACUCUGCCUGAAAAAUCUCCCAGUCAAUCGUCGUCAGGACGACCACCAUCGCCUCUUCGCAACCAGUUCAUCCCGAACACGUUCACAGGCAUCGAUGCCGAAUCCGAAGACGGAGAUGAAGAUGACGACGAUGAAGAUGGGCAAUGGAUGCGCUCGCCCUCUCCGACGUCCUCCGUGUCUCAAUUUGCAGCCAACUGGGCGAAUCGAGUAGGAAAUCUUGUUAGUGGUAUCGCGCCCCGGUCUCCCGGUAGCAUGCCCACGGACGCCGAAAUUGAGGCAGAAGCUGAAAGAGAGCGCGAACGUGGCCGCAGGGAGGCCGAGCGAAUUUUAACAGAGGAAGCUGCUGGUCGCAAAAUGGUGGAAGACCGCGUUUUGGCUAUGUUAGAAUCGACGCGGUCUCUUCCUCCUCCUCCGUCUCGUUCACAGACAAUGCCGGCCUCCAAUCCUCCAUCUCCAUCCGCGUCCCAAAAAGAGAGUAUGGGCUGGUGGACAGCGGCGAAGAAUCGGCUUACACCGACCAAGGAACUCACGCCUGCGCAGCAGGUGAUACAGGACACCAAAGCACGGGAUAAGGAGCAGAAGAGGAACAGUAAGGGAAAGGAGAAGGAGAAAGAGAAAGGCUGGCCGGCUAACACGCAGACCAAGUAUUCCGAUCCUGCGUACCUGAACCUCAAUGCUCCCACUACACCACCCCGACGACCUAUACCUGUCUCGCCCAAUGUUUCUCCGACGCCUUCUCGUCCAAGCGCUACUAUUAUGCCUCCUAAUCUAACACCGUCGCCUAUGCGACAUACUGACUCUGGAUCAUCACCGUCUCGAGAAGCGCCUCCUCUUUACGCGCAGUUCGAUGCUGAAGGUACACUUGAUGUACAUGUUACCCUUCUCACCAUCGCAAAGCGAUUUGAGAAACUGGAGAAAUGGACUGUUGGUCACGUUCGAGCUUUGGAGGAACGUAUGAGCGACGUCGAGCGAUGGCUGGUUGAUAAGGAGAAGGAAAAAGACGAAGCUUCUGUCCAUGAGCCCCCGGUUCCGGCUCCCAAUUGUGAUAAAGAAAUGCAAGAGCUCCGUGAUGAAAUGACUGAAAUUCAGAGUCGCGUAGGGGAACUUGGAAGGGAGAUGGCGAAAUUGGCAACUGCGCCCGCCAAUCUCUCUUCCGUACCCUCACGCCAAUCGGCAGAAAUAUCCAUUGCACCACAAACUACAUCAUCUAGGGUCGUUCAAGGAAAUUCCUAUCCAACACCUGCUAUGAAUACCCCAAAUCACGGUCGAUACCCGUCUGGAACAGUUCUUCAGACCAGUCCGCCCUUGGGAUCAUCCAAGAGCUCCGUCAGCCGUCUCCCUUACCCAACAGGCGACUAUGCCUCCCCUCCUCCAAACACUGUCACUUCCUUCUCGCCUCCUCAUUCACCCCCUUCAGCUUCCCGUACCCGACCUCUUUCCAUUUCUGGUCUUCCUCCAGUCGGGGUGGGUUUAGGCAUUAGCACAGCGGCUACCGCUAGUCACUCACCCUCCCCCUCGCCUUCGCCUUAUUCAUCUGCUUUAUCGUCGGCUCAACCUGCCUCUCGUUCUUCAAGCCCAGCACCAAAGAACCUACCACCUCCCCCUGGAUCACGCAGACCCAGUUACAGCCCAACCCCAGCUCCCCGAAAACGAUACACCGUCGCACUAGGCGAACCCAUCACGUCCCCUCCAGAGGAACAGGAACGGUCCGACGGCCCAUCCUCAUCCGCCUCAUCCUCCAUUGGCAGAGCUUACUUCUCAAGCUCCCCCAAGGCUGUCAGCGAUGAGGAAGAGUUCCAAGAAGAGACCAUCGGCAAGUCCAGCGCUUCGAGGAUACUUGGAAGCAACACCGGUUCUAAUUCUGCGCCUGCGUCACCCCCGAAUGCGGAUCGACGCAUUCGGGCACAGUCGACGUAUGGGUUCUCCUCACUACAAGCCCCGCAGGCGUCCAUAUCGCCAUUAAAGCCGAAAUUGCGGUCGCGGUCGACUGAGCGUAGCCCCGUGCCGACGCCCCCUGCACCAGGCAAGUUUGUGGAUCCGUAUGUGUUGAGGCAGCAGAGUAUGAAUGCGAGCAAGAUUGCUACCCCCAAGCCAGUUGGGAAGGUCCCGAUUGGGCAGCUCGUUGCGUUUUUUGAUGGGGAGAAGAAGUAA